ACAAGCGCUCUCGCCUUAGUAUUCCUUCACAUAUUUCCCGCUCACCGCUUACCCUAGUCCCCACAUUAAAAACUCUGCUUCCCCGCUUCCCCGCAUCCCCGCGCCCCCGCUAUCCCGCUUCCUCACUUCCCUGCUCUAUCACGAUCCCGCGUCCCAGCUUCCUCGGUAUCCCGCGACCCCGCUUCCCCGCUUUCCCGCGGCGCCGCUUCCCCUCUUUCCGGCUCCCCCGCUUUCCCGCCUACCUGCUUCCCCGCGAACCCGCUUUCCCGCUUCCUACCUUCCACGCGUUCGCUUCCUGGAAGCGCAUCUGCUGCCCGUUUCUGGCGCCGUCGCCCAUCGCUGCCCGCGUGUCGCUUCCCGCCGCUGCCACUGCCCGCUACCCGCAGCCCGCGAAACGCUUUCCCGUCUCCCUCCACGCGCGGCCCACUCCCUGUGUCCCGCUGCGCACAUCCCUACCUUUCCCCCGGCAUAUCCCUGCCAUGGUGUGAUGUGUAUUUUUUAUCCAUGGGAUGGCAUGGUUGGGCACGGCGCGGCAUGGCAUGGCAUGGCGCGGCGUGGCAUGGUGUGGCAUGGAAUGGCACUACAAGUCAUUGCAUGGCAUCAGACGCGCAUUGGGGUUCACAGGGCGGUGGUGCGAGGCGGGCUCUCGUCAUCCCCGGUUCAGACAGGGGGGGGAAGGCCUCCAAAAAAAAUCAAUCCGCUGAGCAAUCAGGGUUACUUCACAAUUUCACGCUGAUUUGGCGAAAAUUGGGAGACGGGCAAAACGACAUUCGGGGAGGGCAGGGAUGGGACAAAGUGGGGGGGGAAUGGAGGGAGGGAGGAUUCCCGCAGGAAUCAUGAUGAUGUUGAGGCCAUCAAUUUUUGUGGCGACACUUUCACAAAGCUGCGGCCAAUCAAGUUUCGCCGAUCGAUCCAAUCGCACAGCUGAGCAAGAUUGCAGGGGCGGGAGGAGGAAAUCUCGGCCUCAAAAAGCCAAGCCAACACACGCAGGGCUGACAUUUCAAAAAAAGGCACUCUGAUUUUGCCCCCCAAAAUUUUUCCCGAGUCUGAAGGGUCAUUUUUCAAAAUUUCGCUACUCUGAAAUCUCAGCGUCCAAGAUUUAACGAGUCUGAAAUACUCAGGGUUCGGAAUGUCGACUCAGAGUCCUCUGCCCAAGUCGAAUCUUGUAUUAGCAAAGUUCACACCAGGGUCUCGGAUUCGUUUUAUGGAGGCUGAUUGCUCAGGCUUGCCCUUAUAAGAACCCAUUUGUG